UCAGACGGAGAUGUCUAGUUUGUGUGUAAAAAAUAAUUAAUUUGUCGACGUUUUUGUGUUAUAAUUAUGUGAAUAAUGAGAUGAAAGUGUAAAUAAAUGUUAGAUUAGUGUACGCUAGUGAUUAUGGCGCAUAGUGGUGGUGUUUUAAGCUCGGAUAUAUCGCGUAGGAAUCCUCAAGAUGAAUACGAGCUCAUUCAGAGGAUCGGUUCGGGCACUUACGGAGAUGUGUACAAGGCGAAACGUCUCAACGGCAAUGGCGAGCUGGCUGCCAUCAAGGUGAUCAAACUGGAACCGGGUGACGACUUCGCCAUCAUCCAGCAGGAGAUCCUGAUGAUGAAAGACUGUCGUCACCCGAACAUUGUCGCGUAUUAUGGCUCAUACCUUAGGAGGGAUAAAUUAUGGAUUUCCAUGGAAUACUGUGGCGGUGGAAGCUUACAGGACAUUUACCACGUGACGGGCCCGCUUACAGAGUUACAGAUAGCGUACAUGUGUAAAGAGACACUAAUGGGGCUGUCGUAUCUACACAGCAUGGGGAAGAUGCAUAGGGAUAUAAAAGGCGCUAACAUUCUAUUAACGGAAUGUGGGGAUGUUAAGUUGGCAGAUUUCGGAGUAUCAGCACAGAUCACGGCUACCAUUAAUAAACGGAAAAGUUUUAUUGGUACACCCUACUGGAUGGCACCGGAGGUAGCGGCUGUAGAAAGAAAGGGUGGAUACAAUCAACUUUGUGAUAUUUGGGCGUGUGGUAUUACCGCAAUCGAACUAGCUGAACUUCAACCGCCAAUGUUCGAGCUUCACCCAAUGCGAGUAUUAUUCCUGAUGUCAAAAUCGGGAUUCAAACCACCGCAACUGAAAGAGAGGGAACGAUGGUCGCAACUAUUCCACGCGUUUCUGAAAUUAGCUUUAACAAAGAAUCCUAAGAAACGACCAACCGCUGAGAAAUUAUUACAGCACGCAUUUUUCCAACAAGACAUGAGCAAACGUCUAGCGAUAGAUCUACUGCAGAAAUAUUCGAAUCCACCUAGUCACUGUAAUAGCCAAGAGUUGGACGAUGAUGGAGCUUUAUCAAAUGUGCCCCAACGUAUCGCAUCGCGACAGACGAGAGGGCGUCCGCGGUCGCUGAUGGAGGCCCGGCCUUCGCCACUCGAUCACCCGCUCAGAUUAUCAUCAGAGGAAGAGAGAGAGGCGAACAGACGGUCCGGCGUGUACGACGACUCCCCGAUCAUAGACCUAGACGCUGAUGACGAUUUGAGUUUGUCUAUGCCCAAAGUGAUCAAUUUUAGUGCUGAAGUAAAUAGGUGUGAUGGAGAUACAAUUAAACGGAAUGUAUACCAUAGACAAACAAGCGAAGACUGGAGUGUUGCGUCGCUUAUGAGCUGUCCAAAGCACAACCCGCUGACCCAAGACCCUUCCACCGACAGCAUGCCUUCCAGCGAAAACAAGUGGUGUCGGGUCGUCACUGGUGAUGAUAUAAUGAGAAUGAGUUUGAGGAGCCUCUUGCAAUAUAUUGAUGAAGAGUUAAUGCUCAGGGCGACACUACCCUUGACGGCGGACACGGCAGCCAUGUCCCAAGCCACCAACUCCGGUCUAUCCAUCCACGACCAACACCUCUCGCAAUGCAUACAGUUAAAGCAGAACUUCUUAAACAAUUCAACCACGAAUGUCUACCAAAGUAUCGCCUCUAGCUUUCAAUCGCCUAUCGGAGCGUCCUCGAUUUCAAUAGACGAUCCCCUAUCUAGAAAGAUCGAAACGGAUAUACUGUACGUCGAUCAGCAGGAAAACGAUAUAACAAACGACACGUCACAGAUAAGAAACGCAAAUUGCGAAUGCGGCUUAUGUCCCAAGCCAGAAGCGAAAGGCAACAACACGCUGAGCGAUUUGCAAAGAUCGGUAGCGUCAAAGUGUUCGUGCGAUGCGUGCAAUUCAAACGGCGAUAUAUUGAGCUAUUAUAGACAUUGUUCGAACCAAAAUCCGGACUCGGGUAUAGUUUACUGUGAAACAUGUAAGAAACAAAAAAUAUCGCUAUCGAAUUUCCGCGCGUUGCAAAUAGCGAAUCGCUUACGGAUAGCGGACACGGAUAGAGUCGAAAACGGCGGGACGUCUGAUGAAGACUUGUGUAGGAAGAUUGAUAUCAGUAUGAACAUGGAGGACAAGAGUUACGAGCAUAGGAAACGACACAACAGACAUAACUCCGAUUCAGUAACCGCCGGUAUAGACCUGAGUCAGUUCUGCCAGUGCGAGAUGGAGAGUACCAGUAAGAGAAAGACGUCGUCGGUGGACGAGAUAUUCAAAAUGGUGGAGGAGAACGGCAGGGAUGGUCAGAAGGAGUUGGUGGACGAGGAAUUGAAGACCAGCCAGAGGCAGAGGAGUCUGUCUGACAGUCAGAGGGAUAAAGCGAAGGUUGAAGGUGAUGCGCCGACCCCGCCGGUCCCCCCGCGGCGCGCUCGCGGGCGCCGCCCCCGCACCCCCCCGCGCCCCGCGCCCAACGGCCUGCCGCCCACCCCCAAGGUGCACAUGGGGGCCUGCUUCUCCAAGGUAUUCAACGGAUGUCCAUUAAGGAUAAACUGUACAGCAUCUUGGAUACAUCCAGACACGAGGGAUCAACAUAUUCUAAUAGGGGCUGAAGAAGGUAUCUACACGCUGAACCUGAACGAGUUACACGAGACCGCGAUGGAUCAGCUGUGUCCGAGAAGAACUAUAUGGAUGCACGUCAUAAAAGAUGUGCUAAUGUCGCUCUCUGGUAAAACACCAUCACUGUACCGCCACGAGCUUCUCGUGCUAUCUGGUAGCGGUAGAGGAGGAAGGGGUGGUGGUGCACGGUCGCUCCGUGUCCUACCGCCGAGAUUACUGCCGCGAAGGUUCGCGCCUACCACUCGAGUACCUGAUACUAGAGGUUGUAUGAGAUGUGCGGUAGCCCGCAAUCCCUACAACGGCUACAAAUACCUUUGCGGUGCGACGCCCGCUGGACUUUUCCUCAUGCAGUGGUAUGAUCCACUCAGAAAGUUUAUGUUGCUCAAGAACAUCGAAUGUGUGGUACCUUCACCACUCCUGGCUUUCGAGCUGAUCAUCACGCCUGAGCUCGAGUACCCGCUGCUGUGUGUUGGCGUCACCCGGAAACCGCUCCGACUUAACCUCAUCAAUAUAAAUUCAGGAGCGACAUGGUUUCACUCGGAUGAAUUGGAGCUCUGUCCGGGUGGUUCGAACACUGUGAUCCCGCGUCCGGAGCGACUUCAUACACUACGGGCCGUUCAUCAAUUGAAUAAAGAUGCUGUACUGGUGUGUCAUGAAAACGUAGUUGAUAUCAUCCCAGUGCUUCCGACGUUCGAGAGGCGACACGACGAGAGACGUCGGAACAAAAUACCGUCGCGGAUACAAUUCGACUUCCAUAUUGAUAGUAUAUUGUGCUUAGCCGAUUCAGUAUUAGCAUUUCAUCGUCACGGCGUUCAGGGCCGUUCGUUGAGAAAUGCGGAUGUAACACAAGAAAUCACCGAUCAUUCACGCGCAUACAGACUGCUUGGAAAUGAUAAAGUGGUGGUAUUAGAAUCGCAUUUGCUUCAAAACAACACGCUAUCGGGCGAAGAUGGCAACGAUUUGUACAUAUUGGCGGGUCACGAAGCGUCGUAUUAAUACGCGUUAAUAGCUUAUAUACAAUACUAAUGAAAAAUAAUAAAAACCUUAACGUUUGUCGAUAAUUUCAUUUGUAAUUGGCUCAUAGAUUAUAUUUAAUUACACCUUGAUCCAGUUUAGUGAAUAUGUCGUACGUGUUUUUUUAUACAAAGUGAAAUUUAUUUGUAACACGCUAGUAUUUGCUAAUAAUUAUAAAUAUGUUUCGUGGUUUGUCGUACCUCAAUUAUAUUAGAAUCGUUUAAUAAAAUUAAUAAUAUUAUAAUUGCUAAUAUCUCAUGAGCCACAUGACAGAGUCUAGGCUCAUAGUGGUUAGGAAUGGAUCAUAACAACAGUGAUUUGACAAUAGAUUUGCAACGGUAAUUCCUAUUCAAAUAGGUUGUAUUUCGUUUGCAAUUAAAAUGAUUUGAUCAAUAAUGUGAAGUAUGAAGUAGGUAUUUUGAAAAUGGAUAACUUUCAAUUCGUUAUGACAUCCAUUAUAAAAAUAAUUUAUCAUAAAACAUCUUCAUAUCUAAGCUAUCUAAGAUACAGACACAAAACCUAAAUAAAACCUGAUAUAAAAUAUUACUUAAAGUAUCAGAAAAGAAAUUAACAUAUUUCGUUAUUAAAAACGCCACAUUUAAUUUAAAUUUAAUUUUAUUAACAAUUAAAAUUAUAUUGUAUUUAAAUAUAUAGUAGAGUCCUGUUAACCGGAAAAAGAGUAAUUGUAGUAAUGAAGUAAACCGGAAAUGGAGAAAAAGUGAUAAAAAUUUAAACUACAAAAAAAAACAUUUGUCAUCUUAAUGUCCGGUUAGCGACACUCCAAUGUAUUUAAAACAAUCCAUCACCGCUCGGUUUCUAUUUCGAACGAAUCGUUAUUGUACACGAGUUACCAAUCGUUUUUGCGUUACGACUAACAUUACAGUCGUUUCUAUAAGAUUGUACGUCAAAACUUACGAAGCGUUUUUUAUUCUUGCUUAUGAUCUACGCCUCGUAGAUCAUUCCAUCCGUGAACAAAGCGAAUCGUUUCUUGAAAGUAAUCGGUUUUUAUAAGGAGAUAGAAACAAAUAAACAAAAAUUACCAGGUCGCAUUAUUAUCUUAGCGAUAGUCUUGAUUUUACUAGUUGAGUAAUAUGUAAUUCAAUAUAUAGUGACCUCGUUUAUUCUUAGACUAUUUAGAAUCAAAGAAAUUCCGCGAGGCAACAUAGUAUUAAAAAGACCUUUAUAGCACUGCCAACAAAUUAAAUCAAUUGGGUGUCGAAAGCAAUAAUUAUACAGCGAAUGAUUUUAUAGAUAACCGAUUUGUCGAAUCGCGUAGAGUUCAAUAGACAAUAUAGAUUAAUACGGUAUACAUAUAUUGAAAGAUAAAACCGUUUUAUUUAAAAAAAAAUCUUCGAAUAUAUAAAUAUAACAGCUGAAAGUUACUGGCUACAUCAAAUUAUUAUAUUCCUUAAAAUAGGCUGAAAAGCAUGUGCCUACAUCAGUUAUAAUAAUAAAAAAAAAUACAUUUUUUUUUUAAUGUUUAUAUUCAGAUUUUUUAUAUUUUAUAGUCGCAGCAAUUAGUUUCUUAUGCACAAAACCAAACUAAAAAUUAAAAGAAACUGAUUAUAAUUUUAAAUAUAACGGUUUUUAUUUCAAUUACAAUUCACAUUUAUUAACGUGAAUACAGUACUAAUAGAAAGUUAGACAGUAUUUUAAUACUAAAUAAUAGGUUGAACGGAUUAAUUUCUAUAGCAAUAAAUUUUUUAAAACAUUACGAACAAGCUUGCUUUGUGUCAAAAAUUAAAGCGAUAUAAGGUUCGGUAUACCUUAAACUUUAACAAAAUAUGAAAAAGACAAUUUUCUUUAUAUAUAAAAUGUGUAGAUUAUAAAAUAGAUUUUUUGAAAAUAAAUCACUUAUGUAUUUUUUUUUUGUAAAUAAUUACAAAUAUUCCAAUUAGUUUUAGUCAACUGUAUAAUAUCAAUAGUGUAGUAAUUGUAAUUUUAAUGUAUUUAAUUUUUUUUAAAGAUAACCUCAUUUCUGAGUGAAAAUGGACUGUUUAUUUAUUAUCUGUAAUUGUUUUUUUUUAAUGAAUUUUGUUUCUAAUUAUUCUUGAUAAGGUUUUGAAAUACAAUCAAAUUUAUUUAUCAAGUGUAAUGUAAUUUUAAUGAGAUUAUCGUUUUACCCAAUGCUUUAUGUAUCUUUUGAUGUAAUGUCGGGAUGUCAAAGGAUAAAAUUAUACAGCCCAUGACUACAUUUUAUGUUUAUAUACAUAUUAAAAUAAACGCCGCUGACAUUAAAUUCCUAGACACCAUUUGUUUCCGCAAAAUUUCAAAUCCAGCUAUUUUUAUUACGUAUCCUGUUAUCAAAUACUUUUAAGAGGAAUUUUGUGUCUAGAGAUUUAAUCUCUAGACAUCAUUGAAUAUGUUUUUUUUCUCAAAUCUCUUAAAUUUUCAUGUAUGUAUAUAUUUAACUAACAAUUGUAAUAGUGUAUUUUUUGCACCACCUAUUUAUUUAUUGACUGUAACACUUGAAUAAUCCAGUUUAUUUAUACUCUGAAAUAAACUUUUAUUUUAAU